AUGCCAGUUGAAAGGAAAGCUAGAAGUGAAGUUUCUCGCGGUCAACAAACUAAUUAUGUUAAGUCUCGUUCACGUUCGAGAUCUUCGAGCAAGACUAGAAAUUCGUUGACUAUUCAAGUUAGUUCUAAUAGAUCAGUGCGAGCUAUUAGUGUUGAUUCCGAUAAUGAAUCUGCUAUAGAUGAUGGAUCUGAGACUUCUAUGUCUCUUAAGAUGCAAGGUUUGAAUUUAGAUGAAAACCAAAAUGUGAAUAGUGAUGACGGUAAUGGAAAUGUUGGUGCUAGUGCUAGUGCUAAUGGUGGUGGUGAGUAUAUUGAAGUUCCCUUUGUUGAAGCUAUACUGGAUACCUCUCUACCUAGUGAUUAUUUGAAAGAUGAUAUUUUAAAUAUUGCUCAGAGUUUAAAGGUUCCAAAAUGGUAUGUUAAAGGAGCACAGGGUGUCUCACCAUUGAAAAGAGAGUUUCUUAAAAUGACACAAAUAACUGGUGCAAUGAGUAAUGUUAUUUAUAAAUUGGAAUACCCUCAUUUGCCUUCAUUGCUGUUGAGGGUUUACGGUCCUAAUAUUGAUUCUAUUAUUGAUAGAGAUUAUGAAUUACAGAUUUUAGCAAGAUUAUCAUUACAAAAUAUUGGGCCAUCUUUAUUCGGUUGUUUUACAAAUGGUAGAUUUGAACAAUUUUUAGAAAAUUCUCAAACUUUAACUAAGGAUGAUAUUAGAGAUUGGAAGACCUCUCAACGUAUCGCUCGUAGAAUGAAAGAACUUCAUAUUGGUGUACCUCUUUUACGUUCAGAAAGAGAAGGUGGGCCAGCAUGUAUAAAAUUAAUAAAUAAAUGGAUGACAAAUGUGGAAACAAUAGGUAAAGAAUGGAUUAGUGAUAACGAAAAUAUUAAUGACGUAUUAUUCGCAAGCGAUUGGUCAACCUUUAGAAAAGUUGUGGCCCGUUAUGUUCAAUGGUUAAAGGAUGAAGAGACUGGGAAAUACAAAGAAAAAUUGGUCUUUUGUCAUAACGAUACACAAUAUGGUAAUUUACUGUUAAGUGCUCCGGUCACUAGAACAGAACCAAAUACCCCUAGUGGCACUAGAUCAACUGCUUCUUUAUCAUCUUUAUUUCCAACUUCAUCAAAUAUUUCCUUGGAUGAUAUUAUUUUCCCUCCAAAGGAAGAAAAAGUUCAAGAUGAUAAAUUGAUAGUCAUAGAUUUUGAAUAUGCUGGGCCAAACCCUGCUGCAUUCGAUUUAGCAAACCACUUCAGUGAGUGGAUGCAUGAUUAUCACUCAUCGGAGCCUUACAAGUGCAAUUCGAAGGCUUUCCCAACAAAGGAACAGGAAUUAAACUUCUUGUAUUCAUACGUAUCGCAUUUGAGAGGUGGUGCAAAGAAUUCAAUCGAUGACGAAGUCAGAACAUACUAUAAUUCUAUCAUUAGAUGGAGAGCAAGUGUACAAUUAUUCUGGAGUUUAUGGGCAAUUAUUCAAAGUGGUAAAUUAGAAGAAAAAGAAUUAGAGCAUAUUGAAAUGACAAAAGAAGCUCAAGCACCAAGUGGUAACAAAUAUAUAAUUAAGACAGAACUAAUAGAUAGUAGCGAAGAUGGUAGCACUAGUCAGGAAACUACAGAAGAAUCAUCUCAAGAAGAAGCCAAUGGUGCAGAUAUUGGAAGUUUUGAUUAUAUGGGAUUCUGUAGAGAUAAAAUAUCAUUAUUCUGGGGUGACUUGUUUAAUUUAGGCAUUAUCGAAAGAGAUGAAUGUUCUGUUCCCCUUGAAAAAAAUUUUUUGGACGUAAAAUUCCUAUAA